UCAACUUAAAUAAGGUCAAUUCCGGAGAAAUCAAGCCUUCAGAUUGCGGGUUGAAACGUGGUGGUUGUAUAUUGAAUGAACUGCAAUACUAUCACAUUACACAAAAUUUUGCCUUGGACACGAUGCAUGACAUAGCAGAAGGAUUAGUGCCAACAACUAUUCAGCUAGUAUUAAGCCACUAUCAUAAAAAUAAGUCGUUGGGUUUCAAUGCAUCAUUCAUCAACGAUCGCAUACAUUUAUUUGCCUAUGGAUACAUCGACAGAAAGAAUAGACCAUGUGCCAAUUUUACUGAUGGAAUGCUAUCUAAACCCAGUACUCACAAACUCAAACAGACUGCAUCACAAAACCUGCUACUGCUCCGCUCAUUCUCGUUUUUGUUUGGCGACAAUGUCCCCGCAGAUUGCGAGUAUAUGCGUAUGAUCGGUCAUUUGCUAAAUAUAGCCCGUAUUUUGAUGUCCACAAUUAUAUCUGAUCAUAUGUUAGUUACUUUAGAGGAACUCAUUCGUCUGUAUGAGGAAUCGUUUUACAAUAAAUUUCAUCGAAGACUCAACAAGAACCACCACCUCGACCAUUACAUCCAGUGUAUUAAAAAAAGCGGAAAUAUGAAACAGUAUAACUGUUUAGUGUUCGAGCAAAAGAACAAGCCAAACAAAAAUCAAUCAUCAACUUGCCGGAAUUUCAAAAAUAUUUGUAAAAACUUAGCACAACGACAAUGUUUUACAAUGGCCAUAGAUCUAUUGGAUAAUCCAUUUACUGAUAGUAUUACAUAUUAUGGAGGAAACUUAGUUAAGCGAGAACAUUGUUGCAGUGCUCGCUACAUAGAUUUGUGUGUUCCAUAUGUUUUUGUUCCCAAAAAAGUAACAAUAAAUGGGAUCGACUUCAGGAAAAACUUGCUAGUGUGCAUAAAAAACCACGAUGAUGAAUAUUAUCCGUCGUAUGGCAUUAUCGUGGAGAUAGUGGUUAUGAAUACUACAAUCUUUUUGCUACUUAAGUUAUGCAAAACCAAUGGAUAUGAUGAUUUCCUAGAAGCGUAUGAAGUUGCAGUAGAACGAUGUGAAAAAAUUGUUUCGUUUGAACAAAUACAUUCACAUACCAAUUUCGCCUUCUGGUCACCAUUCGGAAGUGAUAAAAAAUAUAUAUCUCGAUGAAGCUAUUGCCAGGAUUACUGAUAAGUGUAAUAUUAUGAUAAACUUUUGAAAGAUAGGUUGAAACUGAUUAAACACUAUUUUACAGUGAAGGAAGAAAUAACGGACUUGGACACCUUCUCAUCGCUGGACAACACCGAUAUCACAAGGCUUCAGUUAACGACAAAGAUGUUAAAAAUAAUUCAAAAAUAUCAGAAACAGUAUGACGCUACAAUGGACAUAGAAAUGCAUCCCAACGAAGAUGAACAAGAAACUCAGAAGCAUGAAGGACCAACGAGAAGCUUUAGUCCUACAUGCAAUCUUGACACAUGCGAUCUUGACAAGGUGAGUAUCAUCAGUUACAGUGUGUUUUACAUGCAAAGAAGUACCUAACUUGUUCCAUUUUUUUUUUUUCGUUAAGGAAAUAGACGUAAGCCGUCUCCUUCUGCAAUGCGACGAAGGAAAACAAAUUCACGAAUCAUUGACAGAAGGCAUCAAACCAAACGAGAUCACCAACAAAAAAAUUAAUCACAUAAUUUGUGAUUGGCUAGCGAGUAAUUACGGCGUGUAAGUAUUGUUGAAAAAUAAAGAAAAGUGUAUGUUGAUAUACUAAUUUCAUAUUUUUCAGGCGCCCACAAACGGAUCAUAAGGUAAUGCUCGCUAAAUCAUUGGUGAAAACGUAUCCAAUUCUGGCCUCAAACGUUUCAGAUGUACCGUAUGUAAGUUAAUUCAAAUUUAUUUAUUUAUUACCGGCAUUACAAAUAGUAAUACUGUCAUUAGACUAAAUUUACACCUGCGCAUUUGAAUCUCGUGCUAUCUGCUUCAAUCACUUUGAUUGAAUUUUAUACUGGACAGCAGUGUAAUUAAAAAAGAUAGAAAAAAGAUAAAACGAAUACUGUUUAAACUUCUGAUACUUUGCAGGCAGGGUGGUUUCACAAAGGUGGACGAGGAGCAGGACGGCAUGCUGGUUCUAUUCAUUAUCGCAUGGAAACCCUUGCAAAAAAUCCAGUAGUCGGGUAUUCCACAGAACGAGGAACGAUGACCAAACUCCGUUUACUUCAAAAAUACCAACGAACGACGAACGCGAAGAAAGCAUUGAUGAUUUGGUAGGAUCAGAUACGAAGUUUGUUAUAUUUAUUAAUUUUUUUAUCAAUAUUAACUUUCUUCAUAGGUAUUUGAACUGGAAACAAUUGUUCCAUCGGAACAUUCUAUCUUAAAAAUCGAAGAUUUGUGGAAACAAACCUUGAAGUACCGCCACAAACAGCGUGCUAGAGGGAUCUUUUCCCAAUUUAUGACCGUCUGCUCUGCAGCAUCAGCCUUCGAAGGAGAAUUGGUAUGUAAAUGCCCGUAAGAAGUAGGAAUAUAUUUACUCAAAUUGAUAUUUUUCAGAUCUCUUUCGAGUUCGAAUUGAUCAAUCCAACAGCUGGUAAAUUCGAAGAUAUGUGGAAUAUAAUCCAACCAAAAAUAUUGGAAAAAUAUCAACUGGAUUUCAGGCUCAUUAAAGAUGACCUGAUUAAAUCGCUGUGCGUCGUCCGGGAAAAAAUACUAUCAGAGGAGUCAAGCGAACCCGUGAAGACGACCCCAAAGAGGAUGAAUCGCGUAAAUUAAAUCCUUUACAUGGAAUAAUUGAUUGGAUUGAUGUAAGUUACGUGGGUUAAAGUAAGGUUUCUAUUAGAGCGCACCUGCAAAAUUUCAAGAGUCAUAAUAGUUGAAUGGCGGUUCAUGAUGUUUAAUAAUACUACAGAAACCCAUUUGGGCAUCAUCAAAGCGAACAUUAACCAAAUGCUUUCCCUCGCAGACUUCGUGCUGAUAGACGUUGUUUAACUAAUACCGAUAUUGGGGUCUAUGAUACCUUCCACUAGUUUUUUUAUAUGGACUUUGACGUUUCGCGGCUUAUUUGCUGCAUGUUUUCCAUACAAACCGCUCAGCAAAAUAAGCCUGCGUAUUUCAGAUUAGAAAAUUUUUCUAAUGUUCGUUUCGAUCAGCUGCUCGACAAAUGUCAAAACAAGGCAUUUUUCUAGCAGGUCUGAAACAGGUUAGGCCAUAUUUGAUUCGGCUGAAUGUUGAUUGAAUUUGGAUUUAAAACAACAAUGAAAUUACAUGAGUUUAAUUAUGUUCAGCUUUUUAUGAAAAAUAAUACAAAUUUUUACUUGUGCUAUGCCUUUAUUUCGAACUACAUUUCGACGCUGUAAUUCCUGUUUCGUCAAAACGCGGUUCUACAAAGCUGCAGCCUAAUGUAAUUCUUUAUGUCAAAAUGCUAGGUCCUUGAGGAAUCCUUGCAUGAUGAUAUUACCUGUCAACAAUUUCCCGCUCGAUUCUGCUCGAUGUUUUGACAGAUCCGGGCUAAAAAUUUUAGCUUUCUAACUUAAGGUAUCAUAGACCCCAGUAUCAGGAUUGGGACGUGGAGGUAGUGGGUGUUUGGGUUUUCGAUUAAGGGAAUGGGUAGGUAACCGGACUGCAACCAGCUUGCACCUAAUAUCAGUCCAUGGCACUUCCACCAAUUGUGACGGAGCAUUUUCUUGAGAUUGAUAAAUUUGUAAUUCAGCAGACGAAAAUGGAGAAAAAGCAUUAUCGUCUGCUGUUACAUUAAAAAGCUCCGCCACUGACAAAAACCGGACUCCAACUACGGUGAUGGAAAACGAAGAAGAUUGCUUCGCUUCCAAAAACUUUACAAUGCCGUGGUCUUUGGUUAGAAACCAUUGAUCCUUAAAAUUUGGCAUUAAGACAAAAUCGGCGGUCACGUGUACACCGGCACCAUUUGCCUUUAAUCUAGGAUAUUGUGGAGCAUUUGUGUUGACAGCUCGAUAGACGCGUGCAAGUUCGUCUGAUCGAGCUGCCACUUGUUGCGCACAUUUCGUGCCCGAACGGACCCAGCCUUUAAUCAAUUGUAAAUGAUUUUCGAAAGGAUAGGCUGAGAAACCAUCGAGCGGCCCAUACAGCGCAACUUCUCCAGACACGUGUUGGAGAUUGUGGAUAUUGCUCGUCAUGUAGAUACGACCAUAAAUCGUGCCGAGUUCUUUCACAAAUUUGCGAAGGAAUACGUCUGCUAGAGGCCAGAGGUGCUGAUGUGCCGAUGAAGAAAAAAUCGUCACACCGCAAAAGUAGAGUUGGAAGUGACUAUAUGUUUUACAAUUCAUAUAGUCCUUCAUGACCACAACACUUGCGUAAUGGAGGAAGGUCCGAUAUUCGGAUCCUUUCCAAAAGGCGAUAUGUUUGAGGUGCCACAUACGCCGUUGCACCUC